UAGUCACACCUAGAAGUAAACAGGCGUAAGCGACGUGCUCUUCAAAAUUCACAGAUAAAAGUGACCUUGGUAACGAUUACCUGGUUUCGUUGAUGAUGUGAAGAUGUGAUUUGUUGGGCGACUAAAAUUCAGUUAUGAUCUUGCUAUGUGGUGGAUUAGGCGGUGCACGUUUAGGUGUUGCCACGAAAGGGAUGGAUUGCUCGAGGGCCUAUUUUAUGCCAUGCUUUGAAAGGAAACUUAUGCUAUUUACUGCAGUUUUGUUUCUUCGUCAUGGGGUGCUUAGAAAACACAAGACCUGUUUAACUCAAAAUAAGCCACAAAACUUUUCCUUCCAAACUGAAAUAUACAGCCAAAUUUCAGGUAUUUUUGUAGAGGCGUCGAAUGGGUUUUACCUCAGUUGAUAAAAAGUCAUGUUUAUUGAACUUCAAUGAUUAUUUACUUUCAAUGUUUGCCUCUGGUUUACCAUUUAGGUAAUGUCCCUUUUUCAAGUAAUAUUGCAGUGCUUAAAUUUCUCCAAAGAGAUUUUUAAGCUAAAUUUAGCCUUUUUUAAGUCUUGCACAGAAAACGAGAAGCAGAGUUAUUCAAUUUCAUUAUUGUAAAACAAACAUCGAUGUUUUUCCUCAAUGUAAGCUAUGUAAGCCAGCUUCACAUAUUAGAAGCAAAUCCGAAAAACUAGCAAUGAUGAUUACGGUUAAAAUUCAUUUGGGGUUGUGUUAGUUAUCUCGCCAGCUGUUUCAGCAGGUAUAUGCAUGGUCAUUCUCUUCCAAAUUUGCUGAGUCGCUGUUUAUAUGACGUCACCAUUGAUCCAAUCCGCGCUUGUGCCCGUCGGGUAUCUUGAUUUUUAUGGCUGGCUUUUGUUUAAUGGGGUCACUCGUUUUAGUUGGACCAUUACUUUCGCAAAGUGCGGAUCUAUCUGUGAAGAACUAGCAACAUGAGCUUUCUCGUAUUGCUUGUGGUUUUGUCGAUAUUUGGUACUAGACAUACGGAUGCUGCACGUAUUCUGGGGGUGUUUCCGACUCCUUCAAAGUCUCACUGGAUUCUCGGAUCUGCACUCUUGAAGGAACUUGCACUUGAUGGUCAUGAGGUCACUGAUGUAAGUCCAUUCAAACUGUCGAAACCUCCUGCAAACUAUCAUCAUGUGGAAAUAGAAACAGAUCAUGAGUUUUUCAACCAGAAAAUUGAACAGCUGUUCGCGGAUACUGACAAAUCACAAGUUCGAAAAAUGGUGGAAAUGUAUACUGCGGUCAAUUACUUUUCUAACAGUACCCUAUCAUCGCCUGCCGUGAAAAAACUGCUUCAAUCUAAUCAAAAGUUUGAUUUGGUUAUCUUGGAAAUCUUUCUUGACCAUGCUCUUCUUGGUUUUGCUGAGCAUUUCGGUUGUCCAGUUAUCGGUACGACCACGCAUGGGGUGCUAGAAUGGAUCAAUUCAUUAGUCGGUACACCGCAACCGCUUUCGUACGUGCCGCAUGUUCACAUAGGAUUUUCAAAUCCAAUGAACUUUUGGCAACGGCUGGCGAAUGUGCUGUUCACAGCUAUUGAUGAAACCCUGCUGUCUGUGCUGGUGCAUCCAGAGCAGGACCGAUUGUACAGGAAAGCUUUCCCAAAUGCUAAGCGAUCACUUGCUGAAAUGAAGCGUAAUGCAGUUUCACUGAUUUUGGUGAAUAAUCACUUCAGUUUAAGUUACCCAAGGCCAUACGUUCCGAAUAUGAUUGAAAUCGGAGGAUUCCAUGUAAACCGGAAGGUUAAUCAACUUCCAGAGAACAUCGGCAGCUUUAUCGAAAACUCAACCAAUGGAGUAAUUUAUUUUUCUAUGGGCUCAAAUUUGAAACCGUCCCAAAUGGGAGAGGAAAAACGGCAAGCCCUGCUAAAUGCGUUUUCCAAAGUGAAGCAAAACAUCAUCUGGAAGUGGGAUGAUGAAAGCAUGAAUCUUGACCCGAGCAAGUACUUCAUUGCCAAAUGGCUUCCACAGGAUGAUAUCCUGGCGCAUCCGAAUGUGAAACUCUUUAUCACGCAUGGAGGCUUGCUCAGUUGCACGGAGUCGAUCCACCAUGGUAAGCCAAUUAUUGGAAUUCCGAUUUUUGGUGAUCAACAAAUGAAUAUGAAUCAAGCGGAAAAUGCUGGAUGGGGAGUGGCUGUGAAGUUUACCGAUCUCAAUGAAGAAACGAUUAGUAAUGCACUGAACGAAGUACUCAAUAACGAUAAGUACACCAAAACGGUACAAGUAAUAUCCAAGCGCUUGCGCGAUCAACCACUACCACCAAUGGAUUUAGCCAAAUACUGGGUGAACUAUGUUCUCCGUCAUGACGGUGCUGAACAUUUGAAGUCACCGGGUCAACAACUAAGCUUCAUUCAGUACAAUAACAUCGAUGUUUAUCUUUUCAUCAUGGCGCUGGUUAUCGUAUUAAUGGCACUGCCAAUCAAGGUGUUCAGAAAUUUGUGUUGUAAGAACAGAAAACGUCCCUCGAAGACGAAAAAAGAAACUAAGUCGAAAAUAAAUUAAUUUAUAUAGUGCACCACAUA